AAAAAAACAGACAAAGAAAUGAACACUUAUAUUUGUUUAAUCCAGACUUUUUAUUUCAAUCCGAACUUUGUUUUUGUUUGCGGUGAGAUCAUCUUCCACUAAAGUUUCAAUUGUCAAUUCGCCAAUAUAUGGAUUUCCUUGAAUCUUUCUACCUCUUGUGACACAGAAAUUCAGCGUUUCUACGCCUCUUUCUGAGUAGCCUCCGCAUUAGCCAUAUCAAUAUUUACUCCAGUUAGGGAAUCAUAAAUUCCAGAAGUUCAAAUGAUGCACCAGCAAUCAGAUAGCACAGAUCGAGUAGAAACUGGUGCAAAUUGCAACAAACAGUACGCUAACUGUUCUCAACCUUGGUGGCACUCACAAAUCACGUUGAAACAUCCCAAUGGUGGAUUGGAGGCUGCGAUGAACAGAUCACAAACUAAUAGCCAGCAGGAGGAGGGAACUGAUGCCAAUAAAGAUAUGCAUAGUGCUGUGGUUCCACAAUUAGAUGGACAUUGUGGACAAGAACAGCACCGUUCGCAUCAUGCAGUGCCCAUAAUGCCUCAAACAAUGGGCGAAUACCUCAUGCCACCUGCACAGCUGGAACUUGUUGGCCACUCAGUUGCAUGUGCAUCAUAUCCAUAUUCUGAUCCAUUUUAUGGGGGAGCAGUGCCUGCUUAUGGACCUCAAGCUUUGGUUCAUUCUUGUUUUCCUGCAUUGCAUUCCAGUAGAAUGGCUUUGCCCCUUGAAAUGGCGGAGGAGCCUGUUUAUGUGAAUGCCAAGCAGUACCAUGGAAUUCUAAGGCGAAGACAAUCACGUGCAAAGGCUGAGCUGGAAAAAAAACUAAUAAAAGUUAGGAAGCCAUAUCUUCACGAAUCUCGGCACCAGCAUGCGAUGAGAAGGGCCAGGGGUUGUGGCGGGCGUUUCCUGAACACAAAGAAUACUGCUGCUGCUGUGAAUGGCAAUCGUGAGGCAGUUACGAACUCUUGCAAGCAUGAGAGUGUGCCAAAAGUGGGUUAGCUCAAAGCUCGGAACAGGUACAAAAUAAGUAGUUCAUAGACUUUUCACUUUCGGUACAUGCCAUCCUCUCAGCAUCUUAACCUUAACCCUUCAUUAUCCAGUCGCACGCAUUUCUUCUGUGAGGGUUGCUCAAGCAACUAUCCAAAUGGCAGUGGUGUAAAGAUGAAGCCGGAGACGUCGAACCCCCUCCUCAUCCCCAAACACACACAAGCAAUCCACCAGAGGGGAAACAGUAGUUCCCUGCAAGUCAUUCUUGGCUCUUUCUUUUCCUUCUUUUAAACCAAGUCAGGGGAAUGGAUGGAUAUUGUUUCCUUGGUCAUAUUUCUUUCUUACUUGUACAGGGUGGGUGAUGAAUGGGUUCAUGUGCCUAGGCUGCUGACAUUUGUGAAAUUGAAGUUGCCAUUCAUCCUUUGUUUCCAUUUUGAGCACUAUAGAGAUGUGUGGAAUGAAAAAAUUUGAAUGUUUAACGCCAA